AUGUCUCUUUGGACAAACUACCAAGCCCUCCCGGCCACGCAGUGGGCGCAUGUUUUCAGGUCCCGGGGUGAUACUAUCGAGCUCAAACAGAUUCCAGUUGGAAACCCAGGCCCCGAUGAAGUGCUGGUUCAAAUGGAAUACUCCGGAGUCUGCCACACAGACCUUCAUGCCUGGAAAGGGGACUUCCCCGCCACCCCGAAAAGCAAUCUCGUCGGCGGACACGAAGGGGUUGGCUUGGUUGCUGCAGUCGGCUCGCAGGUGAACGGCCUUCGCAUUGGAGAUACCGUCGGAAUACAGUGGAUUAACAGAACUUGCGGCGUGUGCGAGUUUUGCUCUACUGGGAGACAACCACUUUGUCCUAAGCUUCAGCUGUCGGGGUAUAUGGUCGAUGGGACCUUCCAACAGUAUUGUAUUUGCAAGGCUGACAAUGCAGUGCGCAUUCCGUCCGGCAUUUCUCUAGAGGCCGCUGCCCCGGUUCUCUGUGCCGGAAUUACCUUAUACAAAGCCCUCAAAGAAAGUGAAGUUCAGCCAGGACAGAUCAUCGCCAUCGUCGGCGCAGGCGGAGGACUGGGAUCUCUGGCCUGCCAAUAUGCUAAGGCAUGCGGACAUAAGGUCCUUGCCUUAUCAUCCGGGGCCGCCAAGAGGCAAAUGUGUCUAUACGAUCUUGGAGCGGAUUACUUUGUGGAUUACAAGUCUCCGGACGUUGCGGAGGAGGUGAAGCGCGUCACCGGCGGCGGACCGCAUGCUGCUAUGAUAGUCUCAUCCGUGGAGGAGCCUUUCCACCAGGCUACACAGUACAUUCGCCCCGGCGGAACAAUCGUCGCUGUCGGUCUCCCACCCGGGAAAAUCUGUACCGACCUCUUCCAGAUAAUAACCCAGCGGAUUAACAUUAAGGGGUCCUACGUGGGGAAUAGAGAUGAAACCGAGGAAGCCCUCGCCAUCAUCACUAAGGCUGGCAUUAGAGUUCAAUACGAAGUGGUUGACUUUUCUGAACUUUCAAAUAUUUACGACCAAAUGGAGAAGGGAUCGAUGAAAGGCCGAGCUGUGCUCAAGAUCGGAAAGACGCUCUUAAGGGGCCCUGAGCGACAGUCAAGUCUCUGCCGGGACCUACAUUUCUCGCCAAAGCAGACAAAUGGCAUAACGGGCUUGACAGCUAAGGGAGCUGUAUCAGGGGCCCUUGAACGAGCCAUUGAGCGGGCCGGGAGAGACUUUCGAUCCGAUACCGUGACUGUCCCUACCGAGGCCGUGAUGGAGGCAAUUGUGAAUGCGUCAACCUUUGGGGACGAUAUUUACGACGAGGAAGGGGAUGCAACAGUGAAUGAGUUCCAGGAGAAGGUCAAAGCACUAACAGGCAAAGAGGCAGCGCUCUUUGUCGUAUCCGGUACCCAAGGCAAUCAGAUCUGUCUGCGGACUCAUUUGCACCAGCCGCCUCAUACAAUUCUUCUUGACUACCGUGCUCACGUUCAAACUUGGGAGACUGGAGCAAUUCCUGUUCUGUCGCAGGCAACAGUGACAAGCGUUGAGCCGGAGAAUGGUGUUCAUUUGACCCUGGAUGAUGUGAAGGAUCGGAUUAUCGAGGAAGGAAACUUUAAUAAGUCUCGCUCUACCACAGUCCACUUUCCACCUACGCGAGUGGUCUCCCUCGAAAACACCCUGAGUGGCUCGAUUCUCCCACUGAAAGACGCCAGAGAGAUUUCGAACUAUGUCCGCAGAGUUCGUGUGCCGCCAGGCCGAGCCCCGAUCGCCAUGCAUCUCGAUGGAGCCCGGCUGCUGGAAGGUAUAACUGCAGAGGGCGUAACAGCCAGGGAGUACCUUGACUGCUUCGACAGUGCUAGUAUCUGCAUUUCCAAGGGCUGUGGUGCUCCAAUGGGCAGCGUUAUCGUUGGUACUCGCGAGUUCAUCGACCGCGCGAAGUGGUUCCGGAAGAUGUUUGGAGGCGCAACUCGACAGACGGGAAUGAUGGCCGCUGCCGCCAUUGCUGCGAUGGAGCACACUUUGCCCCUACUUCCGAAAGUGCAUGCGCUCACCCGGCGCGUGGCCGACUAUCUGCAUCGGAUCGGGUACGAAUUCCUCAUGCCAGUGGAUACCAACAUGAUUGUUCUCGACUUGAAGAAGACUGGCAUUACUGGAGAUGAUAUUGUGUUCUACUGCAAGCAGCAGGGAUUGUUGGUAUUCCCUAACGGGCGGCUAGCCUUCCACCAUCAGAUAUCGGACGACGGGGUUGCUCGGCUUCAGAGAGCGUUGUUGGAACUGAUUACGGAUAAGAAGAUAUACUAA